GAGAGAGUGGCCAAGUGGAACCGUUUCAAGUGGAUCUUGUUCGUCAGCGUCAUAGUGCUUUUCAUCUACGGCAUGGCUGGCUUGGUCGGUUCUCUACUGACCUGGGCUCGGACUUGGGAAAGGGCAGAUGUGACAGCAGUAGUCGACGCCGACAUUCUCAUCUUUUUGACUCUGGCCUCCAUGCUCUGCGUCCUCACUUCCGUCGUUGGCAUCAGCGGCACGAUUCUUAAUUCUAGGCCCAUCCUAUCUCUCUACGCUUUCCUUCUCUGGCCAACGCUCCUCUCCAUUCUGGUCGUCGGAUACGCAUCCUACAAGAGGGAAAAUUUGAGGUUGGACAGGAAACUAAACAUGGCUUGGAGUCGUUACUUUGACGAUCUGGAUCGACUCAGGUUGCAAAAUAAUCUGCAUUGCUGCGGGUAUUAUACGCCUCUGCAUCAAGCCACCUUUUCCCGCAAUUGCUACCCGCGCACCUCCCUGCCGGGAUGCAAAGGCAAGCUCUACCGUUACGAAAAGGCGGCUCUCAAACGACUCUACACCAUCAUCUUCAGCAUCGUCUUUGUACAUCUCGCAAACAUCGCCGCUUCUUUGCUAUGUUCCAAUCACGUCAAUGCAAGUUUCGGCAAAGGACUUACACCUAGAGCUUAUCGACUGGACAUGACUCACGUCCGACGAAAUGCCAUCAACAUCAUCCGCGCG